AUGUCUUCGCAAGCAACCAAAGGCGAUCCCUCGAAGGCCUCGGGCGCCCCGGCACAGCUGGAAUCCCAAAUGUCGUCGGUACGGAGCAGCUCUGUUUAUGCCACGUCCAUCUUCGCUGUUAUUGUCUCGAUUGUUGCUUUCUACUUUCUGAAACCGUCGCUGAAUGCAGAGUUCUCACAUUUACAGGCCAAAGGCGGCAUCACGGACUGGGUGAAGCCGGGCGACAAGUCCGGCGAGUUCAAACGACAGGCGUCCUCGUUCCGGAAUUGGAUCUCGAGUGAUCCCAAUGCCGAGUUUCCCGCGGAGAAGGGGCGGUAUCAUCUCUACGUCAGCUACGCGUGUCCUUGGGCCCACCGGACACUUAUCGUACGGAAGCUGAAGGGCCUGGAAGACAUCAUCCCCUUCACCAGCGUGCAUUGGCAUAUGGCGGAAAAAGGUAGCGGCCCGCCCCCUCAUCGAAUCGCCGGACAACUUAAACUAACGAGCGCCGGUGGUGGUCAAGGCUGGCGCUUCGCCACACAAGACGAGACCGUGCCCGGCGAAAACACGACGCCCGACCCCUUACACCCGAACAACACGCACCUGCGCGACCUAUAUUUCGCCGUGAACCCGAACUACGAGGGCCGCUUCACCGUCCCGACCCUGUGGGACAAGAAGAAGCAGACGAUCGUGAGCAACGAGUCCUCCGAGAUCAUCCGCAUGUUCUACACGGCCUUUGACGGCCUGGUCGACGCGAAAUAUAAAGACGUGGUACUGUAUCCAGACGACCUAAAGGCCAAGAUCGACGACGUGAAUAGCUGGACGUACGACGACAUCAACAACGGCGUGUACAAGAGCGGGUUCGCCACCACCCAGGAAGCCUACGAGAAGAAUGUUCACCAACUCUUCAAGUCGCUCGACCGCACCGAGCAGAUCCUCGCGGAGUCUUCAUCGCAAGGCCCGUAUUAUUUCGGCGACAGGCUCACAGAGGCGGAUGUGCGCUUGUUCACAACCAUUGUGCGCUUCGACCCCGUCUACGUCCAGCACUUCAAGUGUAAUCUGCGGGAUAUACGGUCCGGAUACCCCCACCUGCAUCGGUGGCUGAGGCACCUCUACUGGACGAUCCCGGCGUUCGGGGAGACGACGCAGUUUGAACAUAUCAAGAAGCAUUACACGAAGAGUCACAAGCAGAUUAAUCCGUUUGGGAUCACGCCUGUCGGGCCCGUGCCGGAUAUACUCAAGCAGGAUGAGGAGGUCGGGGUCGUGAAGAAGGCUGUGGCGUGA